ACCACCAUCACCAUCACCAUGUUGUUAUUGUUGGCGUCAGUGGCAGUGAUCGGCGGAGCAUGGUGGUUGUGGACGGUGGUCCAGUGGGUCUGGCUGAGACCCAAAGCCAUCGAAAAAUGUUUGAGGAAACAAGGUCUCAAUGGCCCGCACUACAGAUUGUUGCAUGGAGACAUGAACCAGAUGGCCACCAUGGCUCGACAAGCCGCUGUGAAUUCCAAACCCAUAAGCUUUUCCGACGACUUCCUCCCCAUCAUUCUUCCGUUCCACCACCACAUCAUCCAAACCUACGGUAAAAAUUCAUUUGCAUGGAUGGGACCAACUGCUAGGAUCAACAUCAUGGAUCCUGACCUAAUCAAAGAGGUUUUAGUCAACAAUAAGGUUUACAAGAAACCAACUCCAAACCCAUUGGUAAGGUUCCUCGUUUCAGGAAUUACCAGCUAUGAGGACCAAAAAUGGGACAAACAUCGCAAGAUUCUAGCACCAGCUCUUACACAAGACAAGUUGAAGCAUAUGUCAUCAGCCAUGUACACAAGUUGUUUCGACAUAUUGGUGACCGAAUGGUCAAAGUUGGUUUCUGAGAAGGGUUCAUGUGAAUUAGAUGUACAACCUUAUAUCGAUGAUUUUGCAAGUGAUGUCAUCUCUCGAAACGCGUUUGGGAGUAGCUACGAACAAGGUAGAAGGAUAUAUCGGCUCCAAAAAGAACAAGCCGUGCUCACACGUGAAGUUCUACAGUCAGUAUACCUCCCAGGACGAAGGUUUUUACCUACCAAAACAAACAAGCGAAUGAAGGAAAUCGACAAUGAGUUGCGAUCCAUACUGAACAAGGUCAUGGAGCAAAAGGAGCUUGCGAUGGUAUCGGGGAAAAGUGAUAAUGAUCAUGAAGAUUUACUAUCAUUGUUGUUGAAAUCAACAGCUAGAGCAACUGGGGAUAUGGGGAUGAGUGUUGAAGAGGCGAUUGAAGAGUGUAAAUCGUUUUAUUUCGCUGGGCAAGAGAGUUCUUCAAAUCUAUUGGUUUGGACCAUGAUCUUGUUGAGCCAACACCCGACAUGGCAAACAAGAGCACGGGAGGAAGUUCGCAAAGUUUUCGGACACAAUAAACCGAAUUACGAAGGGUUGAGUCGCCUCAAAGUUGUAACAAUGAUUCUAUACGAGGUUCUUAGGCUAUACUCACCCGCAACCAUAUUCACACGGAUUACAUAUGAAGAGACCAAACUAGGAGACCUAAUUGUACCAGCUGGAGUGCAGUUCUUGUUGCCAGUCAUAUUUGUACACCAUGAUCGUGAAAUUUGGGGAGAAGACGCCAAGGAGUUCAAUCCCGAGAGAUUUUCAGAGGGAAUUGCAAAGGCGACAAAGAACAAGCUUGCUUUCUUCCCAUUUAGUUGGGGUCCUCGGAUUUGCAUUGGGAAUAACUUUGCUUUAAUGGAAGCUAAGUUGGCUAUAUCAACAAUCCUACAACAUUUCUCGUUUGAUCUAUCGCCUUCUUACACUCACUCACCAUCGUAUGUUGUUACACUUCAACCGCGACAUGGUGCUCACUUAAUUCUCCAUAAGAUAUAGCAUCUCCCUUGACUGAUUAUGUUAGCUAUAACUACUGAUGUCUUAAUUCCAGAAUAAUUGUGUACUUUUUCUCAUGGCUUUUGUGUGUAAUAUGGUUUGUGACUUGGUCAUGG